CUUCUCUGUUCAAACAGUAAGAGCGUCAGAAAGGGAAUGGGACAGACAAGAGACAGAGGUAGACAGAGGUGUGACUGAGUGGAAGACAGAGUCAGGGAAGCUAAUAGCGAGCUGGUCCUCCAAUUUAUGUCUAGAAACCCAGAAAAGGCAAACUAGCGGUAGAUUUUCGUGCGUAAAAAAGAGAGUAGGCUGCCCUCUAUAUUCUUAAGUUUUACAACACUUCUCUUCCAGGCUGAACAGUUAUUCGGAGGUAGUGUCCUCUGUGGAGUUUUCUUUGUCUCCACAAGUGACACUAAAGAGCACGGAUUACAAUGAUAAGGAUUUUAGAGGUUUGGGUCACCUCGGUGGCCAUUUCUCUGCUGGUUAAGGGGGCUCUUGGAGGUUAUGGGAUGAGUAUGUUUGCUGCCCAGUCGUCCCCUCCAGACCCAUGCUAUGAUGAGAACGGCAACCCCCGGAGGUGCAUCCCCGAUUUCGUAAACUCUGCUUUCGGGAAGGACGUGCGCGUCUCCAGCACCUGUGGAACCCCAGCCUCAAGGUACUGCGUCGUGACCGAGAAGGGUGAGGAGAGGACUAGGGAUUGCCACACCUGCGAUCCAGGGGACCCAAAGAAAACUCAUCCACCUGCGUAUUUAACUGAUUUGAACAACCCUCAUAACCUCACCUGCUGGCAGUCAGAAAACUAUGUCCAGUAUCCUCAGAACGUCACGUUCACUUUGUCAUUGGGUAAAAAAUUUGAGGUCACCUAUGUGAGCUUGCAGUUCUGUUCACCCCGACCCGAAUCUAUGGCUAUCUUUAAGUCCAUGGACUAUGGCAAAUCCUGGGUUCCUUUCCAAUUCUACUCUACCCAGUGUAAGAAGAUGUAUAACAAGCAGAAUAAGGCGGCAAUUACCAAGCAGAACGAACAAGAGGCGAUUUGCACAGAUUCUCACACGGACAUGCACCCGCUGACAGGUGGGCUCAUUGCGUUCAGCACCUUGGAUGGCAGACCCUCGGCGCACGACUUCGACAACUCUCCUGUGCUGCAGGACUGGGUGACAGCCACCGACAUCAAGGUUACGUUCAGCCGACUGCACACGUUUGGGGAUGAGAACGAGGACGACUCGGAGCUGGCUAGAGAUUCCUACUUUUACGCGGUAUCAGACCUGCAGGUUGGCGGGCGGUGCAAGUGCAACGGCCACGCUUCAAAGUGCGUUAAAGAAAGGGAAGGAAACCUGGUAUGCGAGUGCAAGCACAACACCGCGGGGCCGGAGUGUGACAGGUGCAAACCUUUCCAUUAUGACCGUCCUUGGCAGCGCGCAACCGCAAGAGAGGCAAACGAAUGUGUUGCCUGCCACUGUAACCUGCACGCCCGGCGCUGUCGUUUCAACAUGGAGCUGUAUAAGCUGUCUGGGCGGAGGAGCGGCGGAGUCUGUCUCAACUGCCGCCACAACACGGCCGGACGCCACUGCCACUACUGCAAGGAGGGCUUCUUCCGGGACAUGUCCAAGGCCAUCUCCCACAGGAGGGCCUGCAAAGCGUGUGAUUGUCAUCCAGUUGGCGCAGCCGGCAAGACCUGCAACCAAACCACCGGCCAGUGUCCCUGCAAGGACGGCGUGACCGGCAUCACCUGCAACCGCUGUGCCAAGGGCUACCAGCAGAGCCGCUCUCCUAUCGCCCCAUGCAUAAAGAUUCCAGUUGCAUCGCCGACCUCCACCUAUACCAGCUCUGAAGAGCCCUUAGACUGUGAUUCUCACUGCAAGGCAUCCAAGGGCAAGCUGAAGAUCAACAUGAAGAAGUACUGCAAGAAAGACUAUGCUGUCCAAGUGCACGUCCUCAAAGGAGACAAGGCAGGGGAGUGGUGGAAGUUUACCGUGAACAUCAUCUCCGUCUACAAGCAAGGUGAACAACGCAUCCGACGCGGCGACCAGCUCCUGUGGGUGCGUGCCAAGGACGUGGCCUGCAAGUGCCCCAAGAUCAAGCUUGGCAGGAAGUACCUGCUGCUGGGCACGGAUGACGACUCCCCCGGGCAGACUGGCGUGGUGGCGGACAAGGGCAGCCUGCUCAUCCCCUGGAAGGACCUGUGGGGCCGGAGACUGAGGAAGUUCCAACAGCGCGACAAGAGGGGCAAGUGUUAAGAGGAGCCAGAGAGGAGAGAAAGAGAGGGGGCUCACCUCGAGUCUGAGGAACACAGGAGGAGGAGAAAGAAAGAGGAAACACCAGAGGGAGAGAGGAAAGAAGGAGAGGUGAAGUGAACAGAGAGAGAGAGAGAGAGAGAGAGGAAGUGACUGAGUGCUGCUGCUUUGAGUGGAAGAAAAAAGAGAAUAUUAGUUUUAGAAACGUUCGUGUGAAGGAGCUAUUUUUAAAAUUGCUGUUCUGUUUGUCCUUCAAGGUUUGUUUCAUUGUGGAAUUGCAGAGUUUGCACCUAAUAUUUCAGAUAAGUUACUUAUUUUUUGUUUUAUUCAUGAUACCGUUAUUUUUAUAUUUCCAGUUCAUGUCUACAGAACAUCAGAAAAAAAUCUACUGUAUCACAUUUCUGUGUUUAAAAAAAAAAUAUAUAUAUACAUAUAUAUACACACAUAUAUAUAUAUAUACAUAUAUAUACACAUAUAUAUAUAUAUAUAUAUAUACACACAUAUAUAUAUAUAUAUAUAUAUAUUGUUUAAAGUUUUUUCUAGCAAGCUGAGGUGGCACGGCAUGGCUUAAGGGGAAUCUCUCAUGUUUAAUGAGAGGCUCCUGCUUGCCAGGCCUUGUCAAGAUAAACUGUGUAAACUGCAAAGAGUGUUAACACGUUAAAUUGAUCAUUUAAACUAGGUUUUACUGUGGUUUCGGAAUAUACUUGUAAAAAUGGGAGAAAAAAAAAACAGAAACAAAAACAAGCCAGCUAUUGCCAGUUACCUUUCUUCUUUAAGAGCUCCUCAUGUGGUUGUUACCUCAUUAUUACUGCUAACUAUGUAAUCAAAAUGAAAGUACCAUGAAGAAGUUGCUCCUCAGAUACUAGCAUUGGGAAAGAGUCUGUUAAAUGAUACAUUUCCUUGCCAUCCUGACAGUGUGGUUGUGACCUCAGCAAAAUAAAAGUACCAGUAGGCAUGAUAUAAUUAUACAAUAUUUUUGUAUUUAGACAGCACUCCGUUCUCAACUAGAAGAACUAAAAUAGAUGAGUUGACCGUGCACUUAAUGUUUAGUAAUUUAGUAUUCAACAGUAUUCAGAACAUAUAAGAUAUGUUCAGUGUUUAAUGGCACCUUGCAGGAUACAAACUAACAUACUGUAUGGUUUUAGAAACAUCAUUAAAGAACUAAUGUAUGUCCAUUCAUGAUUGUUCAACCUGAGAUCACACAUUUCACUGUUUAUGUGCUGCCUUUGGCCUUUGGUCCUGGAACCUAAUGUCCACUGACUCUGUGUCAUUGAUUGAUGCAUUUGGUUUGCUAUCCUGCUCACGUUUGUUAAAAUACAAAGUACUGCUUGAACAUCCCACUGAGCAUUGACCUGUUUCUGCUGGUAAAGGACUGAUCAUGGGGGGGGGGGGGGGGGGGGGGGCAUUCUGAUGUCUUCAACAGUGAAUCACCUCAUGUAGUUUGAUAAGACCUAUCAAAAUGAACCUAUGUUUUGUUAAAAUAAUAGAUGCAUGCUGACUACUUAGCUAAGCUUAGCUAAGCUAACCAAAUUGUGGAUGACAGUAUGUACAGUAUGUAUAUGCUGUAUAAAGAUACAGGCAUUAUGUUGUAAAAGAAAACCUGUGGGGUGAUGAAAUAUCACAGGAGUCAAGCUGUGUGAUCAACACACUGUGUCAGCAUCUGAUUCUCACUUCAAACCUUGCAGACAUUCCAUUUUCAAGACGUUACUUGGUACUCAAAAGGGGUGACCGGCUGUUUAAAUGUUAUAUAGCUGUAUAGUUUGUUACUAUUUUUGUUACACAUUUACUAGAUGUAUGUCCAUGUGUUAUUAACCAGAGUUUUAAAUACCAUAGGCUUAAUAAAUGGGUAGACAAAUGAAUGAGAAAGAGGCAGAUUUCUCUUGUUUACAAGUUAUGCAUACCCAGGAGUGUAUUUCAGCAGAGAGAGGCUUAUCUACAACCUGUAAUAAACAGUCCCAAACAUAUUUGGGAAAUGCAUAAACACACAUAAAUGCAAGCAGAUGCACACCUGCUCACACACAUACACACACACAUACACACACACUUAAAAAAAAACAGAUUUGGAUGGAAAUUUUUAUUGCAAUCCAUUUCAAAUGUUCUUGUGCCAGUGCAUCCAUCUCUGGUUCUUCACAUAUCAAAGCUGUCAGUGUGUAAAGUUAGACCAGUUUUCCACACAUUUGGAGAAUGGUACUCAGUCAUGACCAGAUAUCUGCUACAAAAAAUGUAUCUGAAUGUUGCUUGUGUUCAUACUUGGGCUUGUAAAUGUUGUUUAGCUUUGUCCAUUGCAAAAGUCUGUGUAAUGUCCUGUAAUGCAUACUAAUAUAUUAUGUUGAUCACAAAUGAAUAUAUUUAAUGACACAUGAAACCAUGUGGCUUUUGUUUUUGCCUGUUUUUAUUUUUGGUCACUCUUUGCUUUGGAUAAUAGACGGCUGUAAUGAAAAAGUAAAAGACUGUAGCUAUUGAACAGCCUAGUAAAUCUGAAAUAAAGCUCUGUAAAAGUA